AUAAAACAUAAUGCAUUACUGGUGUAAUGUGCAAUAUCUGGUGAUGAUUUGAAUCCACAGUCAAAAUCACAAAAAUAGAAAUUAUUUAGUUGAGUCAGAACAAAAUGAAAUACUUAUUCAUAUUAUAUCCAUUCACAGUAGAUCCAGUAUGAAGUUACAGUUCGGGGCGGUGCUGAGACGCUCCAGAAGGGAAGUCCAUAAGCGACUGUGGAAUUAAUGAUCCAUGGCUGUUGAUAUCAUGACAUUCCUGCAGCUCUCCUGCUCUAUUUGGCUCACUCUCCCGGUCAUCUCGGUCGGUGUUGAUGUGGGUGCACUCUGCUGUCGUAUGUUGCCUCUGUUUAUUUCUCCAGGCACCUUUCUAAAAAUACCCUCAUGCCCUUGUGAUGAUGAUGAUGGGUGUGUCCAACAGGAUGCUGAGCCUCUAUAACCUCCCAGUCAGAGGUCUCCAGAUGCAGUGCGAUUGCUCCUGAGAUCUUUCACUGGAGAAUAAAGCUGCAACAGUAUACAGGAUUUUAUAUGGAUACUUUGACCCCAUCCUUUGUGGGGGAAACCAAUUGCAUGAGAAGCAGCGAGGAGGAAGAGGAGGAGGAAGAGGAUGAAGAGAAGGAAGAUGGAGAUGAAGAGCAUCAAGAAGAGGAAAAAGAUGAAUCAGCCGUCCAGAAGCAGAAGAGACCGGCCUGGGCUCCAAGCUUCUUCCUCAGAAUAGACAAAGAGGUGUACCAUUUUGUCGGGCAGGAGAUCAUCAUAGAAGAGGCUCUUGACUCCUAUGCAGGCAUGAUAUGGCCGGCGGCGGUGUCUCUCUGCCACUACUUGGACACUCAUCGUCAACAGCUGAGUCUCGUCGACAAGGCAGUCCUGGAGAUCGGUGCAGGAACGGGCCUCGUGUCUGUUGUGGCAGCGCUCCUUGGUGCCUGGGUGACAGCGACAGAUCUUCCAGUCGUCCUGAGCAACCUGAGAGUGAACCUGUCCAGGAACACCAGGGGCCGCUGCAGGCACACGCCCCAGGUGGCUGCUCUGUCCUGGGGCUACGACCUGGAGAACACCUAUCCAACAUCUGUGUAUCACUACGACUACGUGCUGGCAGCUGAUGUGGUCUACCACCACGACUUCCUGGACGAGCUCCUGGUCACAAUGAAGCAUUUCUGCAAACCAGGAACGACUCUGAUCUGGGCCAACAAGGUCAGGUUUGAGACUGAUCUGACUUUCACUGAGAACUUCAAAAUGGCUUUUCACACAAGCCUGCUGGCUGAGGACGGAGAGAUGAAGAUCUUCAAAGCAACUUGUAGAGAAGAGGAAGGAGAAGGUGAUGUGGGGAUGGAAGUCAAAGACCUGCUGAAAGAGGAUGGGGUAGGAAGGAGGGAGGAGGCUGAGGAUGAGGAUGAGCCAAGCAGAGAAAAGCAGAAUGAGGUGAUGGCAGAUGGCGAUUACGAAGAGGGUCCAAGUUGGUCUGCUAAUGAAGACAUCACAGGACAGGUGCACACCAAACCAACACAUGUGCAGCAGGACAGAGCACUAUCUUGGGCUCCGGGCAUCAGCAUCGGUAUUGGUAAAGACAUCUACCAUUAUGCAGGGCAGGAUAUCCUCAUUCAUGAAUCCAUAGACUCAUACGGAGCAGUGAUGUGGCCAGCAGCAUUGGCUCUGUGCUCCUUCCUGGACAACAACAGGCAGAGAGUGAACCUGCAGGGAAAGGAGGUGCUGGAGCUAGGAUCCGGAACUGGACUGGUGACCAUUGUGGCCAGUCUGCUGGGCGCUUCAGUCACAGCUACAGACUUACCCGAAGUGUUGGGUAACCUCCGGGCCAACGUGAUGAGGAACACCAGGGACCGUUGCAGGCACACGCCCCAGGUGAAAACUCUGUCCUGGGGCUAUGACCUGGAGAACACCUACCCUACAUCUGUGUAUCACUACGACUACGUGCUGGCAGCUGAUGUGGUCUACCAUCACGACUUCCUGGACGAGCUCCUGGUCACAAUGAAGCAUUUCUGCCAGCCAGGAACCACUCUGAUCUGGGCCAACAAGGUCAGGUUUGAGACUGAUCUGACUUUUACUGAGAACUUUAAAAAGGCUUUUCACACAAGCCUGCUGGCUGAGGAUGGAGAGAUGAAGAUCUUCACGGCAACGUGUAGAGACUGAGAGACAGAAACAGGCCCUACUGACUCCUGAGUGACUGUCAUUAGUGUGACUCUUUGAGAAGCCCUCAAUCACAAAUUUUGCUCCAUAUCGUAAUCCCAGUCAUUUAAGUAUCCGAUGGUGGCAUCAGCUUUUUAGUUGAAUCAGUUUUUGUUUAUUUACUUUAGAGCCAAUCCAAGCAGCAGUAAUACUACCUUUAAAGAUUUGAUCGUUUGACAGCACAAUAGCUCAGCUUUUAGUAAAAGUAACCUGCAUUACAUGUAUCAUUUGAAGACUUCUUGUCAUAUUUUGUAUAUAAAUCUGUGAGACAGUGGUGGAGAAGAGUGUCAGUUGGCAGGAUGGAGUGGUCAGAGUUUACACAGCUUCUUUUUCAUCUCUAGCAUGAACAAAACAUUGAUCAUCAGAACCACAGAGCCACGAUCAACCUGUAAAAUAUACCUUUGAAAGAUGGCAAACCAUAUUUUUAAGAUUAACAUUUAAAAGACAAUGUGCUAAUUGCAGCUGCAACAGCUAACAAAUUAGAUGUCAACUAUGAAAUUAAUCACCAAGUAUUUUGAUAAUCAGUUAAUUGGUUUGAGCAGUUUUAAAGGAAAUAAAAUGUCAAAAUUGUUUGAUUCCAGCUUCUUAAAUGUGAAUAUUUUGAGGAUAUCAUUUUGGGCUUUUGGAAAUACUGAUCAACAAUUUUAUAAUAGACUAAAGAACUAAUGAUUAAUUAACAAAGGGUAAUAUUUCUUACACUUUUAUUAAGCGCAAAUUCCUAAUCAACCAAUCACAUGGCAGCAACUCAAUGCAUUUUGGCAUGUAGACAUGGUCAAGACAAUCUGCUGCAGUUCAAACCGAGCAUCAGAAUGGGGAAGAAAGGUGAUCUAAGUGACUUUGAACGUGGCAUGGUUGUUGGUGCCAGACGGGCUGGUCUGAGUAUUUCAGGAACUGCUGAUCUCCUGGGAUUUUCACGUACAACCAUCUCUAGGGUUUACAGAGAAUGGUCCAAAAAAGAGAAAAUAUCCAGUGAGCGGCAGUUCUGUGGGCGAAAAUGCCUUGUUGAUGCCAGAGGUCAGAGGAGAAUGGCCAGACUGGUUCGAGCUGAUGGAAAGGCAACAGUAACUCAAAUAACCACUCGUUACAAUCAAGGUAUGCAGAAGAGCAUCUCUGAACGCACAACACAUCGAACCUUGAGGCAGAUGGGCUACAGCAGCAGAAGACCACACCGGGUGCCACUCCUGUCAGCUAAGAACAGGAAACUGAGGCUACAAUUCGCACAGGCUCACCGAAAUUGGACAAUAGAAGAUUGGAAAAAUGUUGCCUGGUCUGAUGAGUCUCGAUUUCUACUGCGACAUUCGGAUGGUAGUGUCAGAAUUUGGCGUCAACAACAUGAAAGCAUGGAUCCAUCCUGCCUUGUGUCAACGGUUCAGGCUGGUGGUGGUGGUGUAAUGGUGUGGGGGAUAUUUUCUUGGCACUCUUUGGGCCCCUUAGUACCAAUUGAGCAUCGUUGCAACGCCACAGCCUACCUGAGUAUUGUUGCUGACCAUGUCCAUCCCUUUAUGACCACAGUGUACCCAUCUUCUGAUGGCUACUUCCAGCAGGAUAACGUGCCAUGUCAUAAAGCUCGAAUCAUCUCAGACUGGUUUCUUGAACAUGACAAUGAGUUCACUGUACUCUAAUGGCCUCCACAGUCACCAGAUCUCAUUCCAAUAGAGCACCUUUGGGAUGUGGUGGAAUGGGAGAUUCACAUCAUGGAUGUGCAGCCGACAGAUCUGCAGCAACUGCGUAAUGCUAUCAUGUCAAUAUGGACCAAACUCUCUGAGGCUUUAUACUACUUUUCUGUUUUUACAAAUGCAGUAGUGCUCAGAGAAAUGUAAACACACUUUAAUGGGUAAAAUUUGUGGAGUUGCCCGUCACAUGAAUUGUGUCUCAGUUUGGAAGUUAAAAAAACAGUCAAUUAGUAGAGAGGACAUAUUUACAGUCCUUUAUUAAAGACCAAAUGACAAAUGACUUGCAAGAUUUUUAAUACUUGACUUUUUCCAUCUAUGACUGUAACCUAUAUAUGUUUACGUUUUGGGACAAAGUAAGCUAUUUGAAUAAUACAGCUUGGGCUGAGGGAUAUUUUUUUUAUAUUUCAAGGACAAAAUAGUCAAUUUAUUGAUAAAACAAUCUGUAUAUAGUUUGAUAAUUGCGGCCCUUUCUCAGUGUGUCCACAUCGUUUGCCCAGAUCUUUGCCGUUUGUUUAUUUUUACUGUUUUCAAUCAAAAUGUAAAAAACAAAAGUAAAAUCCUUCAUCUCAUUAAGCCUUUGUGUAUUUUACUUUUCAUUUUUAACCAAGCAUUUCAGAAAAUCAAAUUAGUAGAACUGCUCACUGGCAAGAUUUCAAACACAGUGCAAUUCAUAUUACAAAACACAACAUGUCUUUAUGUCCAAGUGAUGACAGCGGACACUUUAAUUCUUCCAAAUCGUUUUUAUUCAGUGUUGUUUUCCUUGUUUGUGACUUACUUCCAUGUGACCACAAAAUAGUGAGAACAAUAGCUCGGGUCUUUCCCACAACAUCCAGGAAGAAUGGGUAUAAAAUAAUACUAAUAAGAGCAUACAACCUUAUUUCGUAACAUUCUGUAAAAUAUUGGCAUUUACUAGAUUUUAUGACUAUAAAUAUAAACACUCAACAUCCAGAAGAAGCAUUUCUGAAAUGUUUCCUGACACCAACAGAGUGAGAGCAACAGAGGUGCCAGAAACGGACGGUACAGUCCUGUGGUGAAAGUUAAGGCCAUUUUCGGAGGUCUGUCAUUGGCAACGCGUACUGAAGACAAACGCAUGAAAGAGGAGAGAGAAAAAAAGGGACAAAAACAGAAGACGCACAACGUUAUGAUGAAACCAAGAAAUAAAGAUACCAAACCUAACAGAGUCCUGUAAACCUCUGUGAAGAAAGUCCAUACAAGUCACAGCUAAAAACAGACACCCAAGGUGCUCUUACCCCCAGGUAAACAUGAGUGUCGACCACCGAUUCGCUGUGAAUGUACAGUCGUCCCAGAAAAGAUUAUUUACUCUCAUGGGGACGAAAGGCCUUGGCUUGAAAGCAGCUGCUUUUACAUUCUUAAGCAUGCACCUUCCACUUGUGUGAGGAUUUAAAACAACAUCAGAGAGAGAUGAGCAUUGGUUCACAAACUGGGCGGUUUGAUAAAUUCCUUCUUCCGUUCAAUAUUAUGACAAAUACCUUCAGCACUCGUUUGUCCUUUGACAUUUAAACCACAUCAACCUGGGAAAAUCAGUCACUGAUUGGACUGAUACUUCAGACUGUUGCAGAUCUUUAAGUGAUCGCAGAUAUGAAAGAUAAAAGGUGAAUAUGUAGUUUAUAUCUUUAGCAUGGUCCUCUCUUGUACUGGCACUGUAAAAACAAACAGCCUCAUGUCCUCAAUUGUUAUGUUUCAGGAGAUAUUUUAAGGGACCAUGCUAGUGAUUUUAGCCACUCAACUAAUGAUUAUGUAUGCCCGACAUUUCUGCUGACCAUUUGCAAAUGCAACAGGUGCAUUCUUUUAUUCCCACAAUAUGAAAACAAAUGGUUGACUCAUCAAACGGGAUCUUCCAAAUUUGUGACAACAAUGUGAUAGAUUACUCCUUUAAGAUGCCAUAAUUGAUCACAGUGAACAACAAGUCUGCAUUCAUGCUUGCCAAAGUUGCACCAUUGGACUUUCCAGAUCAAUUACCAAUACUGCAACUUUGAUUGAAUAAGUCAGAAUGGCUGAAACACAGAUCUUUUGUGUGCAGUGACAGCUGCGUUGCUGAACUGCUGAACUGGUACUGCCAGCUCCAUCUUUUUACAGUUUGCCUUUGAUAAUUCUAAAAAAAAAAAAAACAAAACACAACAACAAUGAAGUGUUUAUAAAGAGACAGGCAAAAACUAUAUGAUACAGACAUUAAACUGCAGUGAGACGCUGGUAUGGUGUCAAUACGACUGUCCACAGACCGUUUUCAAGUGUAUUUCUGCUACAAACAGCACACUUGUUGCAGAAAAACCGAUGAGACUCACAAUCUCUGGGAACCAAUCUAUCACAGCAAAACCAUGACUGAGAAAUGUGUUUUUCAGGGCUUUUAAUGCGGACCUUGUGUUCACUCUGGAUUUAUACAACUCAAACCAGUGUUGCCUGGCUUGAAAUCAUGUGAUGAUGAUCAGUUCUGAUUUGUAGUAAAUCAGGUGAAACAUAAAACCACUGGCAUGGUCCAUUAAAGUAAAUAUGGUAUCUGAAGAAAAACAAAAAUACAAACUGCACAUCCACGGCGUCUAAAUGGCUAUGAUUUCGAUUUUGUUGGAAGAAAAUCUUCAUGUACACAAAAUAUGCUCACAAAUACAUGUAAAGUCAUCCACAAACACACACUCAUGAGAAGAACAACAGUGGAUAUUGUCAGAAUCUUGUUUGGGAUUAAAAAUCUUUCAAGUUGAAACAAACUAAAAUCUGCUUUCAAAUAAAACUAUUGUUUUCCUUACAUCCUAAAAGACAUGCAUAUACGCAAAAUACAUCAAUUAGAAUAAUAUUUGUAUUAUAUACCUAUUGCAUCUUAAUAUUUUUUAUGUUAUGUGUGUAUGUACAUUAUUUUAUGACACUGUGUACAAACGCAACAUUCUGAAUGCUGCAGAGAAAGGACUAACACUGUGGGAACAUUUCACAAUGAAAUCUGAUCGGAACAUCCGGCCGCUGCCCACAACUGCAUCUGUUAUGUUUGUGAGGUCUGUUAAGAUUGUCGUCAAAUGUGCUGCUCAGGUAUCAGGAGUAAGAACUGGGUGGCCAACACCUUGUGGAGGUAAGUAGACGCCCAGAAUUCUUCUGAUUACGGACAAACCGUAUGAGCCUUCUGCUGAUAUGAGCCUUCAAAACCACGUUUGACACCAAAGGCUGAUGGGUGAAAUGACUGCAAGCAGCUGAGUGUUGACUCACGCUUCAAACCCGCGCACCACUUUUCAUCUCAUCAGAAAAAGGUAAGGUACAUGUAGGAAGGCACCUCAACACUAGUUUGUGUUUAGAGACUGUGUGCACAAGCCUUUAGAAAGACAGACAAGACUAAAUGUGUAUCAACCAGGUCAAAAAAGAAAGGAAAAAGAUUUUAAGUUCUGUCCAAGUCAUAUCCAUAUUCAGGGAUCAGGUGCGUCCUGUUGUGUCCAAACAUCGUGCAGCAGCGAGUCCUCCUCUCCGGCCAGCUGUGAACUUUUUUGCUGUCAAAUUUUUCAAAGUGAGUCAAUGGGGAAACAGUUUUUCUUUUCUUCUUUUUUUUUUAGUCCACACUGGCCCUUGCUUUAGUAUUUACAGGAGAUAAUUAGUUUUUUUUUUUUUUUUAUAUGAUAUGGAGUCCGGACAGCUGAAGAUGGGUGCAUGUGAAAGCC